AUGUCCACAAAUGAUGCUCUGAGGUCCAAGAAACAAUUUAAAUCUCAAUCUGUGAAUAGUUUAUUCAGACAACAAGCUAGUUUAUCUGAGAAUCAAGAUGGGAAAUCUUCUACAAGUUCAUUAGCACUUAAAAAGAAAUCAAAUGGCUCUACAACUAAAUUGAAAUUGGUUUCUAAAAAAUUGAAUACUGUCAAUAGAUCAAAAUUAGAAAAAAAAAUAUCUGAAUCACCAAAAGAGAAUUCUCCAGCACCUGUUUGGAAUAGCAGGUCAUCAUCUCCUGAACUAAAGAAUAAUCAAAUAACUCCCAAAGGAAAGAAUGAUACUCCAUCCACUACCAAAGAGAACAAUUCAAAUAUUGAAAAUAUUAAAAAUAAGAAUAUAGUAUCAAAUGUUCAAGAAACCCCUGAACAACCCAAACAACUUAAUAGUACAACACAAACACCAGAAACUGUUCCAUCAUUACCAGACCAGAUACCAUCACCAGAUACAACACAACAAUUAACAGCAGAGACUACAAAUGAAGAAGAGGAGGAUAACAUGUGGCUAGAUUUACAAAAUCAAAUACAUAAUGAAACUAAAAAUACUCAAACUAAUGAUUCAUCUUGGGCUUCAACAAAUACAAAAUUAGCAAGCUUUAGAAAAUCUUCACAAACCCCAACAGGUAUUCAAUCAUUGAAUCAAUCACCUUUAAUCUCAACAUCAAAUAAUAACAAUAAUAAUAAUGAUUUAUUUAUCGAAUCACCAGUGGAUUUUUUCAACUUGAAUAAUACAAGACAACUUUCAUCAGAAUCCAUCUUUUUCAAUAAACAAUUCAAUAACAACAACAACAAAAAUAUUAAUAACCAAACACCUGAUUCAAUGUUACAUAAUGGCUAUCCUCAAAUAAGCUCCCCUAAUAUACCAGAAAAUAAUCCGUGGAGUACAAAUUUUAAUCUAUGGGGUAAUGAUGAUAGACAAUUAUCAGCAAAAAGUGAUUCAUUUCUUUGGUCACCAUUCAAUCAGAACCCUCAAAGCUCAAUUGAAAAAAACGAUGAUCCUUUGAAAAGAAUUGGUUUAGAAUCUCAGACCAGAAUUACAUCAAGAUUUUUUCCUUCACCUAAUAUCAAGCAAGAGAAAUCAUCCCCCAUUCCAACUCAACCAUUAAGAUCGGCUUCUGACAAAUUCGUUGAAGAAUUAACUAAUAAAAAGUCAAUUGAGGAAAGCAUUGAUGGUAUCAUUAAAACCAUUGGACCUAAAACUAUACAUCCAAGUUAUCUGAAAACUUCAACAUUUGAACUAGAACUGGAAUCAUCCUCUGGAAAUCCAUAUUUUUCUUCACAAACACCACCUCCACCAUCAUCAUCAUCAUCAUUGUCAUCUAUUAAUAUACCAGUUUCAUUCCCGGGAUCAAGAAUUAAUAGUAAUACAAGUGUCAAUAUGAAAAAUAAUACAACACAACAAGAGCUCAAGAAGCCAAAUUUAUCAACAAAUGAUCAAUAUUACCCAGAAGGUUUUGCCUCAACUUUUUAUAAAAGAGGUAUAAAUAAUUUCAUGUUUGUUAGAGAGUUACAACCUAAAUUGAUUACAUCAAAAGCUAAAGAUACAGUGGAAGUUCGAGUUUCAUUACCUUCAAUAAAGACCAAUAUCCAGGCUGAAGAAGAUGUUUUUUUCAAAAUGAGAUGUUACAUUAUAAAUGUUAGUCUGAGAGAAUUGAAUGGUAGAAACAAUAAUGGAUAUAAAGUAUCACAGAAAGCUAAUGGGCAUAUUAAUAAUAGUAAUUAUAACGGUAAUAACAUUAAUUUUAAUGGGAAACCAAGAUUCGGUAAUUCGAAUUAUAAAAAGGGACACAGUAACGGGUAUUACAGGAAGAGUCAAUGA